GACGGGUAAUUAACGUUUAUUCAGCAAGUCUGAGGUGUGGCAGGGGAUGUAAAGACUGGGGGGAGGGGUUCUUAUCGGAGGAAAGAUAAAUGCUCGGGGCUGUGUAAAGGGAUUGCAAAGUGGUUUGUGAAACGGAGGGACGAAGCAUCCUCCUCCUCCCUCUCUCCGCUCUUGCACGCUGCUGCAGUUAGCCACAGCGGGCUCAGCAGCUCCCGUCAUUUUUCUCGGCUCUCUCCUGAGCGGCCGACUGCAUUCCAUCAACACUGAGGCCACUUUUUCAUCUGAAGAUCGACCUUGCUGUCUAAUCGACCGUUCUCCUAUUACGCCUACUGGAUUACUGAAAACCAGACGUUUUCAUUUGUAUGAUGUGGUCUGUGUACAAAAUGUUAAAAACGUUCUAAUAAGGCUUUCGACUGGAGAUCCGUGAGUAGGCUAUGUAUGUAGGCGGAUAAGAUGGAGAAGGGCAGAUAAAUGACGGAGAGGACAAAUUAAAUCUCCGCGUGUCUUCGUGGGCUCGGUGUGGAUGGUUCUCAAUUUCUCAUAAGCAGAAAAAAGAAAGCAUCGUUACAGCAAUCGGUUAUCUCUUGGAAACAGACAGAAGCUGAAAACCAGGCAGCCUCGGACACUUUCGGUACCUUAGACGGUGGAAAGAGCCUGAAACCUGAUUCAGUCACCAAUCUCAACCUUCUAUUCAACUCCAGCAACUUUAAAGCUGCUUUCUGCCAAUGAAUCGUCCCCCCGGUUUACCAGCUGCAUUUAAUAAGUUUGAUGGAGAUCGUUGUACCUGUGGACAGAGCACUUUAUAAAAGCGUUGAAGCUGCGUGUUUACGAAGUUCUGUUCCAAACACAGGCGAUGAUAGGUUUCCUAUUUUUAAUAUAACGGGAGAAGAGCUUGAUGACAGUCCUCUGCGUUGAUUUGAAUUGUUUGUCGGUUGCAAAAAGCUUACGAUCACAUUAAAAUUAUGUAAAUAACACAGAAUUGCAAAUGGGCUCUCUUCUCUCAGGAACACCAGCGUGGGCUCGUUCAUAGGAUUUCAUUCUUCCCGAGCCACACGCAAUACCACCUUGCUCCCUCCAAGCCGAAAAGUGUAUAGAAGGAAUACACUGACUCCAAGCUUCGCUCAACCUUCAGCAUCCCCCAGCUAUGACAAGGCUUUGCCAAAACCUCCCCCGUAGGCCGGUCUCCCGCUACUCUCUGAUCUUUAUCCUUACUGUUCUAGCCUGCUCCUGCCCGGCUCUAGGCAAGAAGAAGCUCUACAUUGGAGCCCUGUUUCCCAUGAGUGGAGGUUGGCCUGGUGGACAAGCCUGCCUCCCCGCUGCUCAGAUGGCCCUGGACUUGGUGAAUAAUAGGACAGACAUCCUGCCUGACUAUGAGCUGGAGCUGAUAUAUUAUGACAGUAUGUGUGAUCCUGGUGAGGCCACCAAGCUGCUGUAUGACCUUCUGUACACAGAGCCUAUCAAAAUCGUGUUGAUGCCAGGCUGCAGCUCUGUGUCCACACUGGUGGCUGAAGCUGCUCGCAUGUGGAACCUCAUAGUGCUGUCAUAUGGCUCCAGCUCUCCUGCUCUGUCCAACCGACAGCGCUUCCCCACUUUCUUCCGUACUCAUCCAUCUGCUACACUGCACAACCCCACUCGGGUACAGCUCUUCCAGAAGUGGAAAUGGACCAAGAUUGCCACUAUCCAGCAAACAACAGAGGUUUUUACCUCAACUCUGGAUGAUCUGGAGGAGAGGGUGAAGGAGGCAGGGAUUGAAAUCAGUGUUCGUCAGAGCUUCCUAACCGACCCAGCUGUGGCUGUCAAAAAUCUCAAGCGUCAAGAUGCCAGAAUUAUUGUCGGCCUGUUCUAUGAGACAGAGGCAAGGAAAGUCUUCUGUGAGGUUUACAAGGAGAAGUUAUAUGGGAAAAAGUAUGUUUGGUUCCUCAUUGGCUGGUAUGCAGACAACUGGUUUAAGAUCAAAGACCCAUCCAUCAACUGUACUGUGGAGCAGAUGACAGAGGCUGUGGAGGGUCAUGUAACUACUGAAAUUGUCAUGCUUAACCCAGAAACAGUACGAGGAGCUUCUAACCUGACCUCUCAAGAGUUUCUUGCUCAGCUCAUGUCCAAACUUGGGGGUAAAAAUCCAGAAGAAACAGGUGGUUUCCAAGAGGCUCCGCUGGCCUAUGACGCUGUGUGGGCUCUAGCGCUGGCCCUCAACAAAACCGUUGGGCCCCUUAGGGCCAAGGGUCAUCAUCUUGAAGAUUUUAACUAUAACAACCGAGAUAUCACUGCUGAGAUCUACCGAGCAAUGAACACCAGCUCUUUUGAAGGAGUGUCUGGUCAUGUUGUAUUUGAUGCUCAAGGAUCUCGAAUGGCCUGGACUUUAAUUGAACAGCUUCAAGGAGGAAGCUAUAAAAAGAUCGGAUACUAUGACAGCACUAAAGGCAAUCUGUCCUGGUAUGGGAAUGACAAGUGGAUAGGCUCUGGACCUCCUGCAGACCAGACAGUGGUCAUUGAAGAGUUCCGCUACCUGUCUCAGAAGCUCUUUGUGUCUGUGUCUGUCUUUGCUGGGUUGGGAAUCCUUCUGGGAAUUGUCUGCCUCACUUUCAACAUUUACAACAGCAACGUCAGGUACAUUCAGAACUCUCAGCCCUACCUUAACAACAUGACAGCAGUAGGCUGCAUGAUGUCUCUGGCUGCUGUCUUUCCUCUGGGUAUUGAUGGCCUUCAUGUCCACAGGAAGCAGUUUCCUGUCAUCUGCCAGUUUCGCCUGUGGCUGCUUGGCCUGGGUUUCAGUCUUGCAUAUGGCAGCAUGUUCACCAAGAUCUGGUGGGUUCACACUGUCUUCACAAAGAAGGAUGAAAAGAAGGAUAAGAAGAAGCAGCACCUGGAACCAUGGAAACUCUAUGCGACUGUUGGCGUUCUGCUUGGCAUCGACAUCCUGUCCCUCAUGAUCUGGCAGAUUGUUGAUCCUUUGCACAUCACAGUGGAGAAAUUUACCAGAGAAGCUCCCAAAGGGGAUCUUGAUGUUUUGAUCCAGCCCUUACUGGAGCACUGCAACUCAGAAAAGAUGAACACCUGGCUUGGUGUGGUAUAUGGUUAUAAAGGCUUACUACUGCUGCUUGGCAUCUUCCUGGCCUAUGAGACCAAGUCCAUCUCUACAGAGAAAAUCAAUGAUCAUCGUGCUGUUGGCAUGGCCAUCUAUAAUGUUGCCGUACUGUGUAUGAUCACAGCUCCAGUCACCAUGAUUCUGUCCUCCCAGCAGGAUGCCUCUUUCGCCUUCGCCUCUUUAGCCAUUGUCUUCUCAGUCUACAUCACCCUGGUGGUUCUGUUUGUCCCCAAGAUGCGGCGUCUGAUAACACGAGGUGAGUGGCAGUCAGACACCCAGGAGACCAUGAAGACAGGUUCAUCCACCAAUAACAAUGACGAGGAGAAGUCCAGACAACUAGAGAGAGAGAACAAGGAACUGCAGAAGAUCAUCCAGGAGAAAGAAGAACGUGUGUCAGAGCUGAGAAACCAGCUGUCUGAGAGACAGGCCCUGCGAUCAAGGAGAAGAGCGUCCACCAUCACUUAUCAGAACCACAGCCCCCCUCCCUUUUCCAUCACCCAGAGUGACCCCAGGUCUUUGGCCCCUCCUCCAGGAUACCCAGCGCCUGCCUCUGACCCCCAUCCCGUUCCACAGUCCUUCGCCAACUCGUCCAGCCUCUACCAGUCAGACAGCAAAAUCAGUCGAAAUAAGUGCCACACUAGCCGGCUUCAGCUACUCUACAAGUAAGAUGGUGGUUAAGAGUGGCAGGAUGAGGAUAGUAAUACAAGUUUGAAAAAUAAAUCAAUAUCUAAGGUUUAAAAUGCAGAUAAAUAAAGGUAAAGGAUUUUCCCUCAGACAGAAAUGAGUGCAGCAAGAUAUGUUCCAGUCAAGCAACAGCUCAAUAAAAAACACUGGCGAGAACGCACAUACACAGAUAUACACCCUGUGAUAGCAUAUGUUCUUUUGAUUAAAUUGAUUGAGGCAUGAGCAGUGUCUUUAAAUGUCCCCUGGUUUUAAGGUCACUGGUUUACCACUACUACUACAACUUGAAAACAGUAGAGCGGCUGUAGCUCAGGAUGUAGACUGGGUCAUCCACCCGUUGGCUCCUCCAGCCAAACCACAUCAAAGAAUCCUUGGCCAAGAUCCUGAGUUGCCCCAAAGGCAUCCAUCACAGUAUGAGGUUAAAAGCACUUAGGCAUAGAAAAAAAGUGCUUAAAUGAAUGUGUGUGCAAAUGGGUGAAUAAGAAUUGUAGUAAGGAAGCACUUUGAGUGUUCAAAUACAGUAGAAAAAUGCUAUAUGUGUACCAGUCCAGUAUUUUCUAAGCUAAUCUCUGCUGGAUUUGUUUUUGAUUUAUUGCUCUGGAUAAAUUUCCUGCCAACUGAAGUCAGUGACCAAAUUUGUAACCGGUCUGUUCUCUAUUAGAUUUAAAUGGUAGCCUACAAAAUUAGCAAGGUUAGUUUAGUUUUAAACCUGUGCUGGUGCUCACUGUUUGGUGAAAGAGGAGCAGAGGUCUGUCCAAGAAAUCUGUCUUCCAGUUUUGAUGAGUGAAAUAUUAUUAUUUCAUUAGUAUGUUUUUUAAUACUAAUUGGCAGGUAUCCGCAGUGUAUGCCCAGUGCACCAGUAUAGUUAGUCGUUGCAGUUUGCUAACCAGGCAAGAGAUGGCCAAUGAUGGUGACCAAAAUGCUUCCAUUAAGGCUUCAACAUGUCUCCUGGUGGCUGCAUCCAUCCUUGUUAUUACAGUUUCAAACUGGUUGGGUUUAUAUACAGAGUGGUAGAGUUGUAGAACAACAAACUUGCCUGAAGACUAGGCUAUUUGCUAUUUGUGUUAUAAGCAGAAUAGAUAUAAUUAUAGCAUACUACAUUUGUUCCCCAAUGAUAAUAUCUUUGAGCAAACCAAAAGACUAUGUUUACAGCCUUUUAUUGUUGUGGUGUGCAUUCCUACAAUGUGUAACUAAAUUUCUGUGUACUAGAUUUAAUGCAGAAGUACAAAUCAAGUUUAACAUUGCAUACAAUAGUAUUUUCAGCAGUGACAGGUUUACCAUCAAAAUUCAAAGUAAUCAUUUAUGAAACAACAAGAAGAGCAUUCUAUCUGUGAUGACCACUGACACACCUGAACACUGAAGAUGAUGAGAGUUUCUUUAGCUGAAUCAAAGGCACUUUGAUAUGCACACAGUUAUCAGCAUGUCUAUUAUGAUGAUUCAUGAUAAAGCUGCUGACCCAGGCAUGAUUGCCAGCAUCCCCCACUGGUGUAUGUAAUAGACAUAGUGUCAGGUUUUACACAAGUGGACCCAGGUGGCAGAUCAUUCAGACAGACACGGCUGCAGUUAAACAGGUUUAUU